CGCACAUAUUCCCGCUGUUAUUAGUGGUACGUGUACUGACGUUUCCCGUUGUUCUCGCAGGUUGAAGAAAACAAGAAGCAACAAACUUCCAACAGCCAAUCGACGUCGACAUGCGCAAACAGACUUGUUCCGACCAAUGAGUGUCCUGCCAUUAGCUUAUACCUAUAAGAAUAGCUACAUUAGAGUGUUGAUGGAGAAGAAAAGAUAGAAACAGCUAUCUUUCCUUCCAACGAAUUUAUCUGCGGUCGGUUCCUGAGAUCAAUUGUUCUUUAUUAGGCUCAAGCUCAAGCACAGCAUAUACCUAUACGACACCACAAUGACAUCGGCUGCAAUCAGAAUACCGUUGCUGCUUGCAGCAUGUGUUAUCGGCUUUUUCUUUAUUGACUCCAGUGCCUUUGUCCCAACAAGUAAUACUGGUACCCACCGGUAUCCUACUGUUCCCGAGGUAUCCAUCAGACAUGUGACCGAAUUGAACCUUUUUGGACUCCGAUCGGAUGCCAAGCAACUUGUGAAUGGCCAAGCCAACGGCAAGAUCAAUAUCAAUGGCUAUGUGAAUGGCAACACAAAGGCAGUUCCGUUUGUCGUGGAACGUCUGAGCUUGAGACCCAGUGACGAUGUGUUCAAGGGAAUUGCCGAAAUGUGCAUCAGUGUCUUCUUCAACGAUGGAAAAACAGGUCGAGCAAUGCCUCCCUGGAAAGAGGUCCAAUUAUCUUAUUUACGAAUGAUCCAGAUGGCAGACUUGAGAAGGCGACGACAACGGGACCAAAAGACAAAUGCCAUGUACGUGGCAUACCGAGUGGAAGAGGCAUCUCCCAAUGCCGCACAAUCACAACCACUCAUACUCAACAUGAGAGAUAUUCACAAUAUCAAUGCAUUGCAACAACAAAAAUCAAAUGAUGUCGACUAUGUGCGGUCGGAAAUACUGGGGUUUUGCGAAGUCAGCAUGGUACCCUUUGGAUUGAUACCCGCCACCAGCAAAAUACACGUUCCCGCCUUGGAACGAGGAUACCUUUACGAUGAUGAAGACGACCACAACAACAAUAGCAACAACAACAAUCAAAUCAUGGUCCCCAAACGAGUCCGAAGAGCCGAUGCUGUAGCGAGGCCCGUACUGACAAACCUGUCGGUCAAACGAUCGGCCCGGUCAUCGGGAGUUGGAUCCAAACUAUUAGAGGCGUGUGAACGAACUGCCGCCGGUGAAUGGGGAAAGACCGAAGUGGUGCUCGAAGUGGAAGACGACAACCAAGCAGCGCGAAAAUGGUACCAGCAAAGAGGAUAUCGGGUGCUCUUUUCCGAUCCCACCAGCCGUCGGUACGAUGUGUCGGGCCUGCUGCUCAAAAAAGUUGCCUGCACUCGACAAAUCAUGCGCAAGGCAGUCAAUAAUAGCUCGCGACGGAUGGCUCCGUCGUCGUCGUCGUCGUCAAGUGCUUCCGACGAUUCCAAAUUGUCGCUGGAGAAUGUCUUUCGACGUCUGAGAGAAACUGUUCUUCAGUAAAUAAAUAAAUAUUUUUAAAUAGGCUAACAGCUAGCUAGCUAGAGAGCAACUACCCUUC